AUGGAGACUCGAAGCAUGCGCCGCGCGAUCGAGCCUAUCGCCGAUAAGAUCCGUCGCGGCGAGAUCUCGGUGUUCGUCGCCGUCGCGGAGGAGCUGCCGGAGGUCUUCAGGACGCACGUAGUGCCCAAGCUCGAACUGCUGGACACACUCGCCCUGGCCUGCGUCAACAAGUCCUACAACGCGGCGGUGUGGAGCGUUGAGGGCGUGAGAUCGAUAGAGCAGAGGGCGGAGAAUUGCGCGACGCGCUUCAAGUGUCGAGCGCCUUUUCUACCGAUGCACGUGGUGGUCAUGCAAAACAACUUGAGAGGGUUGAGGGCCCUCAUAGACGCUGGCGCGGACCUGAACCAAAGGCAAGACGCACAACUCCGCGACUGUCAGGGAUACUACUUGCAAAUGAUGCCUUCAUACUGGGAAGGUGGAAUACAGCUGGAUUCAGCUGUGAGGAGUUCGUUUCCUUGGAACUACUCGAACUUUAAACCGCCGCCCAACAGCGGUCCCACGCCCUUAUUCCAAGCUAUCAAUAUGGGACAAACGGCGGCGGUGUCCACGCUGCUGGAAGCCGGCGCCAACAUAGAGGAAAGGAUGGCUUCACCCUGCUCUGGACAGACGGUCCAGUGGAUCACUGCAUUACACGCGUCUAUCGUUAUUGACUGUAUGGAAAACUUCGAGACGACGAAGCUUUUACUAGAUGCAGGCGCAGAUCCGAACAGUAAUAAGGAUGGAUUGCAUGACUGGACCCCGUUGCACACGAUUGUAUUUUUUGCAGUUUCUCGAGUUGACCUUGAACCGUCGAUAAGGUUCCGGUCCUUGAAAAUUGUCGAGCAGCUGCUGGAGGCUGGAGCCAACCCUCAACUGGGCGACAAGGAAGGAUCGAUGGGAUGA